GGAUACAACGAAACAAGGAGAGUGAGAAGCCAGCCUGCAAUACAAUGAAUCCCAGGUAGGGUUGAAGAAGAAGAAGAAGUGACUAUUUGGACGCACAGAGCACAGUCCCUGGGCUGUCAGGCUACCCUGUCCAUGGAGUGAGGGGGUGGUGGAGGAGAUUGUGACGUCACCAAGAGCCUUGUCCCAGUGGUGGCUGCAGGAGAGGCAGGCACAGGGAGAACCACACUCUGCUACAGCAGCUCCUCAACUUCAAUCACUUGUGCUCUGCUCAGACAUGUCCUGACAACUUGGAUUUCCUCUCUCCCUCGGAUAUUCCUUGUGUUUUGCUUCUUGCCUUCUUCCAGAGUGGGCUACUCCUUUCUUCCUGUAUCUAUCAUGUCUUCAAUGUCCAGAGAUUGAGGAUACUUGGUUUGCUGGUGAUGCUGAGACUGGAUUGUGGAUGUUCUGACUGUAGACCCUGCACUUUUCCUUGUGGCUAUGCAAAAAAAGGAACUGCAAGAGCUAAAAGUUCUCACAGAGCAGAAGAUCCAUUUGCAGAAGCUGAUGGGUUAUCCAUAAAAUAACCUAGAAGAGAAAUAAAAGAUCCAGCUGGUCUGGUGAUUUUGUGUACUUCAUCCAUCAUGGGCAAAUACUUGACCUCGCUUCUCUUAUUGAUGUUACUGCAACAUUUUGGUGACUGUGAUGAAAGCCAUCAUUCCUCAUCAUUUUGGUUUACUCAGCACCACUACAAUGCCACUAUCUAUGAAAACUCAGCUGCAAAGACUUAUGUUGGCCACCCAACAAAAAUGGGUAUUUAUCUUAAAAACCCUGAUUGGGACAUCAAAUAUAAAAUAGUCUCUGGGGACAAUGAAAACCUUUUCAAAGCAGAAGAGCACAUCUUGGGGGAUUUUUGCUUCCUGAGGAUACGUACCAAGGGUGGUAACACAGGAAAUCUUAAUAGAGAGGUUAGAGAUCACUACCUCCUUUCUAUCAAGGCAGUGGAGAAGAGCUCAAAUGUUGAAGCACGCACAAGAGUUAGAGUUCAGGUACUGGACACAAAUGAUUUGAGGCCGCUGUUUUCACCAACUUUGUACAGUGUUUCUUUGCCGGAGAACACAGCAAUAAGGAGCAGUAUUGCAAAAGUCAGUGCAACAGAUGCAGACAUUGGAACCAAUGGGGAAUUUUAUUACAGCUUUAAAGAGAGAACUGAUAUGUUUGCUAUUCAUCCAACUAGCGGUGCUAUUAUACUAACUAGCAAACUUGACUAUUCAGAGACCAAGCAGUAUGACAUGGAAAUUCUUGCAGUGGACCGAGGAAUGAAGUUAUAUGGAAGUAGUGGGAUUAGCAGUAUGGCCAGGCUAGUUAUUCACGUGGAACAAGCAAAUUUGCAUGCCCCUGUCAUCUUUGUUACUCUCACUCCUUCUGAACUUGAUAAAGAUUUGACUUAUGCAAUUUUAACUGUGGAUGACCAGGACCAAGGAACCAAUGGAGAAAUUUCCUCUUUAAGUAUUUUAGCAGGGGACUCUCUACAGUACUUCAGGACUAACAGGUCAUUACCGGGAAGUAAAGAAUAUAAGCUUGUAGCUGUAAAAGAGAUUGAUUGGGAUACCCAUCCAUUUGGUUUCAACUUGACCCUACAAGCUAAAGACAAAGGAUCCCCACCACAGUUUUCGCACCCAAAGGUCAUCCACAUUAAAUCUUCCCAAUUUAAGUAUGGUCCAAUAAAGUUUGAAAAAGAUGUGUACAAGGCUGAAGUAAGUGAGUUUGCUCCUCCCAAUACACCCAUUGCCAUGGUGAAAGCAGUUCCAAGUCACCCACAUUUAAAAUAUGCUUUUAAACACACUAAAGACCUAAAUAGAUUCAGAUUAAACACCAUCACUGGCCUCAUUACAACUUUAGCCCCAUUAAAAGCAAAGGAUUCUUCCCAUAUUGAGUUGGAUAUUAUGACCAGUGACAAAAAAGCCUUCACAACAGUUAUGAUCAAAGUGCUUGGCAUGAACAGCAAUGCCCCUGAGUUCACCCAGACUUCAUAUAAAGCCAUGGUUGAUGAAAAUGUGCCCAUAGGUAGUCAUGUUCUUACUGUCAGUGCCAUCGAUCAUGAUGAAGGGGAGAAUGGGUAUGUCACCUAUAGCAUAGCCAACGUAAAUCCUGUGCCAUUUGUCAUUGAUGCCUUUUCAGGAGUAAUUAGCACUGCAGAAGAAUUAGAUUAUGAGCUAAUGCCAAGAGUCUAUACAUUAAAGAUUAGAACAUCAGACUGGGGUUUGCCUUAUCGAAGAGAAGUUGAAAUUCCUAUCACAGUGACAUUAAAUAAUCUAAAUGACAACAAACCAUUGUUUGAGAAGAUAAACUGUGAAGGUUCAGUCCCCAAGGAUCUUGGCAUUGGAGAACAAAUAACUACUGUUUCUGCUAUUGAUGCUGACGAGCUUCAGUUGGUGAAAUACCAGAUAGAAUCUGGAAAUGAGUUAGAUUUAUUUACACUGAAUCCCAAUUCUGGAGUUCUUUCCUUGAAACAGUCUCUUUCAGAAGGCCCUGCAGCAAAAGUCUCCUUUCAUAGUUUGAGGAUUACAGCUACGGAUGGUGAACACUUGGCCAAACCAAUUUAUAUUAAUAUUACUGUAACUUCAAGCCGCAAGGUUGUUCACUUAAAUUGUGAAGAAACUGGGGUUGCCAAAAUGCUUGCUGAGAAACUUCUACAGGCCAACAAGUUGUUUAAUCGUGGAUCCCUAGAGGAAACUUACUUUGACACUCACUUGGCAAACUCACAUGCCCCUCAAUUUAUAAGCACAAUCCCUAGCAGAAUUGAAGUCAAGGAGAAUGCAGAUGUGGGAACACGUAUAAUUCAUAUGGAAGCAAAUGACGUUGACACUGGGUUCAACGGUAAAUUAGUAUAUGCUAUUUCUGGAGGGAACGAUGAUAGUUGUUUCACUAUAGAUAUAGAUAAUGGUUGGAUACAAAUUCUUUCACCGCUUGACAGAGAGCUAAAAGAUCUAUACACUUUGAACAUCACAGCUUAUGACCUUGGACUACCACAAAAAUCUGCUUGGCACCUUCUAGACAUUGCAGUGCUUGAUGCCAAUGACAACCCACCAGAGUUUCUUCAGGAGAGUUAUGUUGUGGAGGUCAAAGAAAAUGAGGAAGGAAACCAAGCUAUUAUUAAAAUAGAAGCUUCUGACAAUGAUCUGGGAGCUAAUGGUGAAGUGAGAUAUUCUAUUCUUACAGAUACAAAUAUCUUUACAAUAGACAGUGUGACUGGGAUAGUGAAAGCACUUACUCCACUAGAUAGAGAGAAGCAACAUAUGCAUUUACUCAAAAUACAAGCACGAGACCAAGCAGAGAAUGAACCUCAAUUGUUUUCUACCGUGUUCCUGAAAAUAUUGGUUGAAGAUGUAAAUGACAAUUCCCCAAUGUUCAUUCCAUCCAACUAUCAUGUUAAAGUUCGAGAAGACCUUCCUGUGGGAACGUUGGUGACUUGGAUAGAUGCCUAUGAUCCCGAUGUAGGGCUUUCCAGUCAAAUUCGAUAUAGCCUUUUGGAAAAUGGUGAUGGAAAAUUUGAAGUAGAUAAACUGAGUGGAGCAGUGAGGAUAAUACAAGAGUUAGAUUAUGAAGAGAAACAGAUUUACAAUCUGACCGCCCGGGCUAAAGACAGGGGAAAACCAACUUCUCUCUCAUCAACUUGUUUCAUCACUAUUGAAGUUGUUGAUGUGAAUGAAAACCUGCAUGCACCAUUGUUUUCGAAUUUUGUAAGCAAAGCAGUGAUCAGAGAAGAUGUUCCUAUCGGAACUCCAGUGAUGACUAUCUCAGCUCAUGAUGAGGAUUCCGGACGGGAUGGUGAAAUCAGAUACUCCAUAAGGGAUGGAUCUGGGGUUGGAGUUUUUACCAUUAAUGAAGAAAAAGGUAUUAUACGGACCGCAGAUAGUCUUGACCGUGAAACGACUUCUCAUUACUGGCUGACGGUUUAUGCCACUGAUAGCGGCGUUGUUCCCCUGUCCUCCUUUAUUGAGAUCUACAUCGAAAUUGAAGAUGUCAACGAUAACGCGCCACAAACCUCCGAACCUGUUUAUUACCCAGAGGUCACGGAGAACUCACCAAAGGAUUUAUCUGUCGUGCAGAUUGUUGCGUUUGAUCCUGACUCCAGCUCUAAUGACAAGUUGACUUAUAAGAUUUCAAGUGGUAACCCACAGGGAUUCUUCGCAAUCAAUCCAAAGACAGGUUUAAUAACAACAACCUCAAGAAAGCUAGACCGGGAACAGCAGUCCGAACAUAUACUUGAGGUGACUAUCACAGACAAUGGAUUUCCUUCAAAGUCAACAGUUUGUCGAGUCAUAGUCAAGGUUCUGGAUGAGAAUGACAAUAAACCAUCUUUUCUGCAAAAAUUUUACAAGAUCCAGCUUCCUGAGAAAGAAAAGAUUGAACGGGAAAAAAUUACCAAGAGGGAUCCCAUCUACAGAGUAAUUGCUGUAGAUAAGGAUGAUGGUCCAAAUGCAGAAAUCUCUUAUAGCAUUGAGGAUGGAGAUGAGCAUGGGAAAUUCUUUAUUGAACCUAAAACUGGAGUAGUUUCAUCUAAAAAGUUCUCUGGAGCAGGAGAAUAUGAUAUUCUUACGAUUAAAGCUGUUGAUAAUGGGAGACCUCAGAAAUCAUCCACUACUCGACUUCAUAUAGAAUGGAUCUCAAAACCAGCACCAUUAAUGGAACCAAUUUCCUUUGACGAAGAAGUUUACACCUUCUCUGUGAUGGAGAGUGAUCCUGUUGCUCAUAUGAUUGGCAUGAUAACUGCACAACCUGUGGGAUCUCCAUUGUGGUUUGACAUUACCGGUGGAAACUACGACAGCAGGUUUGAUGUGGACAAGGGCACUGGAACCAUCAUUGUUGCAAGACCUCUCGAUGCAGAACAGAAAUCUAAUUACAACUUGACAGUGGAGGCAACAGAUGGGACAAGAUCUAUCAGCACACAGGUGUAUAUUAAAGUAAUAGACACAAAUGACCAUCGUCCAAAGUUUUCUACCUCAGUGUAUGAAGUUCUUAUUCCUGAAGAUAUCAGAACAGAAACUGAGAUUUUGCAAGUGAUUGCUACAGACAAGGAUGAAAAGAAUAAAAUGAUUUACACUUUGCAAAGCAGCACGGACCCGGCUAGUCUUAAGAAGUUCCGGAUAGAUCCUGCCACUGGGUCUUUGUAUGUUGUGGAAAAGUUGGAUCAUGAAACUGCUCAUCAACACAUUCUCACAGUGAUGGUACGUGAUCAAGAUGUCCCUGUCAUGCGCAACUUUGCCAGAAUUGUUAUUAAUGUGACCGAUACCAAUGACCAUGCACCUUGGUUUACAAGCUCUUUCUAUGAAGGCCGAGUGUACGAAUCUGCAGCAAUUGGAUCUGCUAUACUCCAGGUCACAGCUUUAGACAAAGACAAAGGGAAGAAUGCUGAGGUUCUUUACUCCAUUGAAUCAGGGAACACUGCAAAUGCUUUUGCCAUUGAUCCAGUUUUAGGAAUUAUUAAGACAGCAAAAGAGCUUGAUCGACAAAGUCAUGGUCAAUAUGAGUUGGUAAUCAAAGCUUCAGAUCAUGGAACUCCUACAAUGAGUCAGAUAACAUCUGUGCAUAUUCUUGUCACUGUGUCCGAUAAUGCUGCCCCUAAAUUUAUGAAGAAAGAGUAUUCAGCAGAAAUAAGUGAAUCAGCACAAAUUGGAAGUUUUGUUGCAAUGCUGUCCAGUUACAGCCAGUCUUCCGUUACAUAUGAAAUAAAAAGCGGAAAUGUAAUGAACGCAUUUGAGAUUAAUUUAAAUUCUGGUGUGGUCAUAACUCAGAAGCAUCUUGAUUUUGAAACUGCUCCCUCUUAUACACUUACUGUUCAAGCAACAAAUAUGGCUGGGUGGUCAACAAAUGCAACUCUUGUAGUUCACAUUCGGGAUGAAAAUGACAAUUUUCCAGUUUUUGUGCAAAGAGAAUAUCGAGGACUCAUCAGUGAAUCUGCACCAGCCAACAGUGUCAUCUUAACUGAUGAAAACUCCCCUUUGGUUAUUAGGGCUACUGAUGCUGACCGAGAGUCAAACGCUCUUCUUUUUUAUCAGAUUGUUGAGCCAUCUGUCCAUAAAUAUUUUGCCAUUGACUCCAGCACUGGUGCAAUACGUUCUCUAGUGGUUUUAGAUUAUGAAAAAGCAAAUAUAUUCCACUUCACCGUACAAGUGCAUGAUAUGGGCUAUCCAAGAUUAUUUGCCGAACAAGCGGCCAAUGUGACUAUAUAUGUUGUGGACAUUAAUGAUUGUGCUCCAGUGUUUUCUCAAGAGGUCUAUGAAGCUUCCAUUCUAAUACCAACAUAUAAAGGAGUGAGGGUUAUUACAGUGAAUGCAACAGAUGAUGAUUCUGGAUCUUUUUCCAAAAUAAUGUAUUCAAUAGUUGAAGGAAACAUUGGAGAUAAAUUUGCUAUUGACCAUUUAUCAGGAGUCAUAACUGUUCAAAGCACAAGUCCAUUAAGAAGCCGGUAUGAGCUAACCAUUCGAGCAUCUGAUGGACGAUUCUCUAACCUUGCUUACGUGAAAAUUAAUGUGAAGGAAAGCAAAGAAAGUUCACUGAAAUUCACUCAACGCUCCUACUCAGCGGUAGUGCAAGAAAAUGCCACCCAGAUAAAAACAUUAACUGUCAUUAGUGCAGUUGGCACUCGUAUUAAUGAGCCUCUGUUUUUCCAUAUUCUCAACCCAGACAUCCACUUUAAAAUUGGCCACACAUCUGGUGUCCUAUCAACUACAGGAAUACCUUUUGAUCGAGAACUACAGGAUCUGUAUGAGAUAGUUGUAGAAGUUACCGACGAACAGAAGCCACCUAGAGUUUCACAUGUUUUAGUGAAGGUAACUGUUGAAGAUACUAAUGACAACAGCCCAGUAUUUGUCAACCUUCCAUAUUACGCAAUGGUUUCAGUGGAUGCUGAAGUAGGUUAUGUAAUUCGCCACGUUACUGCUGUUGAUAAAGAUAUAGACAAAAAUGGAGAAAUACAUUACUAUCUAAAAGAACAUUCACAAAAUUUCCAGAUUGGACCAUCUGGUGCAAUCUCAUUAAAAAAGCAGUUUGACCCUGAUGCAUUUAAUAAGGAAUAUUUUAUAACCAUAGUAGCAAAAGAUGGAGGAAGUCCAUCCUUUUCAGCAGAGGUUGUUGUCCCAAUUACAGUAAUGAAUAAAGCAAUGCCAGUUUUUGAAAAGCCUUUCUACAGUGCCGUGAUUGCUGAAAAUGCUCAGCUCCACAGUCCUGUUGUGCAUGUGCAAGCCAACAGCCCAGAAGGCCUUCGAAUAAUAUACAGCAUCACAGAUGGUGAUCCAUUUAGCCAGUUUAAUAUUAACUUCAACACAGGUGUAAUUAACGUUAUAGCUCCACUUGAUUUUGAGUCACAUCCAGCAUAUAAACUCAGAGUUCGGGCUACAGACUCCGUCACUGGAGCACAUGCCGAAGUUUUUGUCGAUAUCAUCUUGGAAGAUGUUAAUGAUAAUUCACCUGUGUUUCAGCAGAAAAUGUAUGUUGCCACCUUGUCUGAGGCAUCGGUCAUUGGAACAUCUGUGGUACAAGUAAAGGCCACUGAUUCAGAUUCUGGACAAAAUAAAGCCAUUUCAUACCACAUUGUAAGCAGCCAUGGAAAUAGUUCUCAGUUUUUUCAUAUUGAUAGCAACAGUGGACUCAUAAUUAUUGCAAAACCAUUGGAUUACGAAUAUUUACAGGAAUAUAGCUUCCUAGUCCGGGCAGUGGACAGUGGAGUCCCUACCUUAAGCAGUGAUGCGACUGUACGUAUUUUUGUAACUGAUCUUAAUGAUAAUGCCCCGGUAUUCACCCAACAGCUGUAUGAAGCCAAAAUAAAUGAGCAUUCAAGACAAGGAUGCUUUGUUACGUGUGUAAAAGCCACCGAUCCCGAUAGUACAGAUGCAGAAAAGCUGGAAUAUUCUAUACUUUCUGGAAAUGAAGAUAUGAAUUUUGUCAUUGAUGUUAAAACUGGCAUAAUUACUGUUUCACAUUUAAAGAAAGAGAUCAUGCAACCAUUCUACAUCCUCAAUAUUUCCAUUUCUGAUGGUGUUUUUAGAAGUUCUGCUCAGGUACACAUUGCAGUAUUAAGUUCUAACUUGCAUAACCCAACAUUUGCUCAAAAUCAGUAUGAAGUGGAGCUGUCUGAAAAUUCCCCAGUACAAACCCUAGUAACUGAACUAAAUGCUGUAGAUGGGGACACAGGGAUUUAUGGACAGGUCACUUACCAUAUUCUUAAUGAAUUUGCAAAGGACAGCUUUUACAUUAAUGAGAAAGGGCAGUUGUUUACAGCAGAGAAGCUAGAUAGAGAGAGUCCAGCUAGCAAAGUAAUUCCUAUAAGUAUAAUGGCUAAGGAUGGUGGUGGAAAAGUUGGAUUUUGCAUUGUCAAUAUCAUUCUAACAGAUUAUAAUGAUAAUGAUCCAAAAUUCCGAUCUACUGAAUAUAAACUAAGUAUUCCAUCAGAUGUUCCUCGAGGGACUUCAAUUGUUAGAAUUCUGGCUUCUGAUACUGAUGAGGGGGCAAAUGCUGAUAUAUCAUAUACCAUUGAAGCCAAAUCUGAAAGUGUGGAAGAAAAUUUUGAAAUCAACCAAUAUUCUGGCAUUAUAACUACAAAAGAAAGCUUGGUUGGGUUAGAAGAUGAAGUUUUUCCAUUUUUUGUUAAAGCAUCCGAUGGAGGAUCACCGCACAGAGAAAGUGUUGUCCCUGUCUCUGUUACAAUUCUUCCACCUGAAGUUCAGUUACCUAAGUUUUCUGAGCCUUUUUAUUCUUUAAGUAUCUCUGAAGAUACUCCAAUUGGUACAGAGCUUGAGUUCAUCAGAGCCGAAAGUAGCCUGCCCAUAAUAUAUCAAAUUAUAAAAGGAGACACACCUGAAAGUAAUGUUGAUGACAUUUUUGUGAUAGAGAAACAAAAUGGCAUACUAAAACUUGAAAAAGCAUUGGAUCAUGAAACCACAAAAUGGUACCAGUUUUCAGUGUUGGUUCAAAAUAUUCAUGGAGAACAUGAAGUGAUGUCCUCUGUGGAUGUUAACAUCCAGGUUAAAGAUGCUAAUGACAAUAAGCCUAUUUUUGAGGCAAAUCCUUAUGAGGCUUUCAUUGUGGAAAACCUCCCUGGGGGAGCUAAGGUCAUCCAGGUCAAAGCUGUUGAUGCAGAUUCAGGACUCAAUGGACAUGUUUCCUAUAUGUUGGCACCUACACAGGAUCCACAAGAAAUUAAAGAUCUUUUCUCAAUAGACUUGGAAACUGGCUGGGUUACUACUCUUGUUGAGCUUGACCAUGAGAGCAGGAACAAAUACAACAUUAUAGUGGUUGCCUAUGAUCAUGGUGAUAACGUGCUUUCAUCAUCUACAAUAAUUGAAGUUACUGUGAUGGACGUGAAUGAUAAUUUUCCACGCUUCAGUGCAGAAAUAUACAAAGGCACAGUCAGUGAGGAUGACCCUCCAGGUGGAGUAAUUGCCAUCUUGAGUACAACCGACAAUGACUUUGAAGAUAUACAUAAGGAAGUCACAAUGUAUAUUACAGGAGGGGAUUCACUUGGGCAAUUUGCUAUUGGAAAUUUACAGCAGGAAUGGAAAGUUUAUGUUCGAAAACCACUUGACAGAGAAGUCAAGGACAACUAUCUUCUAAACAUAACUGCUACAGAUGGACUAUUUGCUAGCAGAGCAGUGGUGGAAGUGAAGGUCCUUGAUGCCAAUGACAAUAGCCCAGUCUGUGAAAAGGACUCCUAUUCUGAGACUAUAUCUGAAGAUGCUCUUUCCGGGAAACUAAUUCUUCAAGUUUCAGCAAGCGACGCAGACAUUCGCUCUAAUGCUGAGAUCAUUUACACAUUGCACGGACCCGGCUCAGAGAAAUUUCACCUUAAUCCAUUUACAGGGGAAUUAAAGACCUCGUCACUUCUUGACCGAGAAAUCCAGGGAGUCUACCACCUCUUGGUAAAAGCAACAGAUGGAGGCGGUCACUUCUGUGAAGUUAAUGUGGAAUUGACAUUAGAAGAUGUAAAUGACAAUGCUCCAGAGUUCUCUUCAGAUCCUUAUAUGGUCACUGUGUUUGAGAAUACCGAACCUAAGACUCCAGUGACAAGAAUACAGGCAAUAGAUGCUGAUGCAGGACUUAAUCAAAAGGUUCAAUUUUCAUUAGUCAGCUCGGCAGAAGGUCACUUCUCCAUUGAUGAAGUGUCUGGAAUAAUUAGUCUGGAGAAACCUCUUGAUCGGGAGUCUCAAGCAAUUUACACCUUGACUGUUAGAGCUUCAGACCAAGGUUUACCUAGAAAGCUCUCCUCUGUCGCACAUGUUGUGGUGUCAGUCCUGGAUAUAAAUGACAAUCCACCUGUCUUUGAACACCGAGAAUACGUUGCAACUCUACCAGAAGAUGUUGAGGUUGGCACAGAAGUUCUCCAAGUGUAUGCCACAAGCAGAGAUAUUGAAGCUAAUGCAGAAAUUUCAUAUCAGAUUAUCAGUGGCAAUGAACAUGGAAAAUUCAGUAUAAAUCAAGUAACAGGCAUUCUCUUCAUAAUUGAAAGCCUGGACCAUGAAACAUCAGCAGAGUAUUAUUUGACAGUAGAAGCCACAGAUGGUGGCACGCCACCUCUCAGUGACGUUGCCACUAUUAACAUUAACAUAACUGAUAUAAAUGACAACUCGCCGGUUUUCAGCCAGAGCUCAUACACUGCUGUGGUUGGUGAAGAUGCUGUUUCUGGACAGUCUGUAUUGACGGUUGUUGCAGACGAUGCCGAUGGACCUUUGAACAGCCACAUCCGCUACACAAUUACAGAUGGCAAUCUGGGGAAUACCUUUAUCAUUGAUCCCGUAAGAGGGGAAGUAAAAGUGAAUAAACUUUUAGAUAGAGAGAAGAUUUCUGGUUAUACUUUAACUGUUCAAGCAGAAGAUAAUGGCAAGCCACCCAAAAUGAACACCACAAGAGUUAACAUUGAUGUGUCUGACGUCAACGACAACCCCCCUGUGUUCUCCAAAGAGAAUUACAGCAUUAUUAUUCAGGAAAAUAAGCCGAUCGGCUUUAGCGUUCUGCACUUGGCGGUGACUGACAAGGAUUCGUCUCACAACGGCCCUCCAUUUACGUUCACAAUUCUGAGUGGAAAUGAGGAUAAUACUUUUCAGAUUAACCAGCAGGGAGCAAUAUCGACUGCGGCUGCACUGAACCGGAAAACCAAUGAUCACUUUUUACUUCAAAUUCAGGUGGCAGAUAACGGUAAGCCACGACUAUCAUCAGUGACAAACAUGGAUGUGCGUGUCAUUGAAGAGAGUAUCUACCCUCCGGCCAUUUUACCCCUGGAAAUUUACAUUACAACAUUUGGGGAAGAAUAUGCCGGUGGCGUGAUUGGCAAGAUCCAUGCGACAGACCAGGAUGUCUAUGACACGUUGACAUAUAGCUUAGAUUCCAAAGUAGAGAAUCUCUUCUCGGUCUCGAGCACAGGAGGAAAACUGAUAGCACAUAAGAGAUUGGACGUGGGCCAGUAUCUGCUCAAUGUCAGUGUAACGGAUGGGAUGUUUACGACCUCAGCCGAUAUAACCGUUCAUAUCAAGCAGAUAACGCAAGAGCUGCUAAAUCACAGCAUCACAUUCCGUUUUACGAACCUCUCUCCAGAGGAAUUUAUCGGAGAUUAUUGGCGCAACUUCCAGAGAACCCUGAAAAACAUUUUGGGUGGGCGAAAAAUUGAUGUUCAGAUUCUGAGCUUGCAACCAUCUGAUCCACCUGCAAACCUUGACGUCCUGCUCGCUGUAGAUAAACCGGGCAGCACACAUUUUCUACCUAAGCUUCUUAUCCAAAAGAUAAACGCUUCAGUUGCUGAGAUUGAAGACUUCAGCGGAGUUAAAAUCCUCAAGGUCUUCCACAAGCUUUGCGCUGAUGUGGACUGUCCCUUGAGAUACUGUGAUGAGAAGAUUACCGUAGAUGAGAAUGUCAUGUCAACACAUAGUACAGCCCGGCUGAGCUUUGUGACACCGAGACACCUGCGGAAAGCUGUGUGCUUGUGCAAAGCAGGAAUGAAGUGUCCUAUUAUAAACACUGUAUGUGAAGUAAACCCAUGUCCCGAGGGGAUGGAAUGUGUUCCCGAUACAAAAGAAGAUAUGUACAACUGUGUGUGCCCUGCAGGCCAGCAGUGCAAUGUUGGCUCAUCAGUCACCUUUACUGGCAGCAGCUAUAUAAAAUACAGACUGCUGGAAAAUGAGAACAAGGAAGAAAUGAAACUUACCAUGAAGCUUCGAACCUACUCUGCACAUGCGGUUGUCAUGUACUCCAAAGGAACCGACUACAGCAUCCUCGAGAUUCAUGGUGGAAAGCUGCAGUAUAAAUUCGAUUGUGGCAGCGGUCCUGGAAUAGUGUCUGUUCAGAGCAUCCAUGUUAAUGAUGGCCAGUGGCACACGGUGUCAUUAGAAGUGGACGGUAACUAUGCCAGACUGGUCUUGGAUCGUGUCCAUACUGCAUCCGGCACCGCACCAGGAGCUCUGAGGACACUCAACCUUGACAACUAUGUGUAUUUUGGAGGACACAUACGUCAGCAAGGUUCAAAACAUGGAAGAAACUUGCCGAUUACCAAUGGUUUUAGAGGUUGUAUGGACUCUGUUUAUCUCAAUGGCCAGGAGCUUCCGCUUCAUUCUAAGUUAAAGAGCUUGGUACAUAUAGAAGAAUUGGUGGAUAUUUCUCUAGGAUGUUCUCUGACUUCUGCUGAUGCCUGCUCUGGCAACCCCUGCCACAAUGGUGGAGUGUGCUCCCCCUUGCCCAGUGGAGGUUACUACUGUAAAUGUACAUCAUUGUUUAUGGGCACGCAUUGUGAGAUUGCCAUCAAUCCCUGUGCCACCAACCCGUGCCUGUAUGGCGGAACCUGCAUUGUGGUGAAGGACGACUUUUUCUGCAAAUGCCGAGGUGAAUACAGCGGCGAGAGGUGUCAGUUGGGUCCUUACUGCAAAGACAAUCCAUGUAAGAACAGUGGUAAAUGCCUAGACAGUCUGGACGGCCCCGUGUGUGAAUGUGAAGGUGGCUUCCAUGGAGAAAGGUGCCUAACUGACAUUGAUGAAUGCCAAGAUAACCCAUGCUCUAAUGGCGCCCUUUGUGAAAAUACCUAUGGCUCUUACAACUGCACCUGCAGUCACGGAUAUGGUGGAACGCACUGUGCAGACAUUACCAUGAACAAAUAUGUCUCAACCUCCUGGAAUAUUAGCCUGGCUGAGGUCAUUGGGAUUAUUGUGUUCAUAGCAGGGAUUUUUUGCUUUGUUGUGAUCUUUGUCGUCUGCAGAGUAGUAUCCACUAAAAAGAAGAAGAAGAGGCAGCAGAAAGCUGAGGACAAACACUCCGGGACUACUUCAGCAUUUUUACAUCGACCAUUUUUAGAUCCUAAAGUGAACAAAAAUAUCUACCCAGACAUUCCACCCCAGGUGCCAGUCAGGCCCAUAUCCUACACUCCAAGCAUUCCAAGUGACUCUAGAAAUAACCUGGACCGAAACUCUUUUGAGGGAUCCACCAUUCCAGAGCAUCCAGAGUUCAGCACUUUCAAUCCAGACUCUGUACACGGACAUAGAAAGGCAGUAGCAGUUUGCAGUGUUGCUCCAAAUCUGCCACCUCCACCUCCAUCCAAUUCACCAUCUGACAGUGACUCCAUACAGAAACCAAGCUGGGAUUAUGACUAUGAUGCUAAAGUUGAUCUUGACCCAUGUCUUUCAAAGAAAUCUCUGGAUGAAAAGCCUUGUCAUCUCUACAAUCCUCGGGAGAGCAUGUCUGAGAUUCAGUCUCUUAGUUCCUUCCAAUCAGAAUCCUGUGAUGAUAAUGCUUCCAUUGUGACAGUAAUACACCUUGUCAAUGCUGUUGUUGACUCGGUGGAACAUGAAGAGUCUUUUGCACUUCCUGAAGUCAGGAACUCAAGAGGUUAUCACUGGGAUACUUCAGACUGGAUGCCUAAUGUCCAACUGCCGGAUAUUCAGGAAUACCCUCAUUAUGAAGUUGUUGAAGAACCUCCUCCUCAGUACACAGACCCAAAUGCCAUUGAUACAGAUUAUUACCCUGGUGGCUAUGACAUAGAGAGUGACUUCCCACCUCCACCGGAAGACUUUCCAUUGUCAGAUGAACUUCCACCUCUGCCACCUGAGUAUGCAGAACAGUUUGAUUCCAUGCAGCCACCAAGUGAGCUGACUACUAUAGGCAGCUUGGGUUCAUCAACAAAAAGUAGUCAGAGAUUCAACCUGAAUAAGUACCUUCCACAUCACCAAUAUCCAGUGAGUAAGUCAGAACCUCAAACCUCCACCAACGGAGAUGGCAAUAGUUACAGAGAGCCUUAUGCUGCUUCUUACAUGUUAGGGUACAGUAGAGACUUUCAAGUCCCCAUGGUGGACAACAUGUCCAUGUCAGGAUACACUUCCGCAGCUUCAUGCACUGAUGUGUCUGCAUGCUGUGAAAUGGAGUCUGAGGCCAUGAUAAGUGACUAUGAGAGUGGAGACGAUGGACACUUUCAAGAUGUGACAAUUCCUCCCCUAGAUUCCCAACAUCACACAGAAGUUUAACACCAUAAAAAGUGCCUGGACAUCUGUCAGAUUCAACAUUUCAUAGUAAAGUUAUAUCUAUUCAUUAUGUAUUAUUAUUUUGUUUUCAUCUUUUAUUCUUUUUGUUUUGUUUUAUGUAGUGUUACUUUGUGGCUUUGUUAAAAAAUAAUAAUUUGAUGACAUCUAUAUGGUAUAGCCGCAGUGCGUCAUGCCAAGUCAGAGUAGUGUGUACAAUGUAUUUCAUUCCCAGAUAUACAAUCAUGAGGACAAAUAGACCAUUUGGGUAGGCUAUUUCCACUCCAUGUUUUUAGUUCUUUUUUGUUUGUCAUUUUAAUAGAACAUACCACUGCAUCAUGGUAGCAUGACAUCUGUAUUUAUAAAGUGUGAACCAUAAUUGUAACUUUUUUUUUUUUCAAAAUGUAAAUGUAAUGUACAGCUUUGAUUUCAAUAGCAUUAACUAGAUUUUGUAGAUAUUUUGUGGAUUUCUUUUCCUUUUUAACCAUGAACUAUUUCAAGGUUUUCCUUUCUACUAGGUUAGCAUAUUGUUUCAAUACCCAGGGCUUUACUGUAUCUCUAUUCCACUGAGGUUUUGACUUCUGAAUUUCCAGGUACAUUUGCAGUAACAACUGUAUAUAAUUGAGAGUAAGCCUGAUGCUGCAAAACAACAGCAAGAGAUAUCUUUAUCUGAGAGUAUUUUAGAUUUUUUUUCCCUUCUUGGAAAGUGAAAUGGGGACCCACUGCAUACCUGUUUAGAACCAAAAUCACCAUGACACGGUUUUUAUGGUGUCUGUAUAUUUGUGAUGCAAUGGUCUUGUAAAGGUUUUUACUGAAAACUACCAUUAGCCAGUCUUUCUUACUGACAAUAAAUUAUUUUAAAAAAUCA